AUGUUACCCUUCGAAUCUUCAAGACCCUUUGCGGAUAGCCUCCCGUCCCGACAGCCGCAUUCUAUCCUGUAUACCUGCACACACAUUACCAUGCGCAAUCGGACCAUUUAG